GCAUUGCGUGAGUCGGUCCGCCCGCUUUCUGUGCUGUAGCUUCAGUGAAGCGCAGGGACUGGGCGCUGGAGCCUCAGCUACAUCUCAUUGCAUCUCAUUUCAUCGCCGGCUGGCGAGUCCCAGGCACCGUGGCCGCUGCAUGCAUCUGACCUGUCGGGAUGGCAUUCCCAGUGGAUCUGCUCGCCGAGCUGGACUAUGAAGAUAUUGAGCAUUCAGCAGAGGAAUACAUGUCCAGCCUGCUCUUUGGUGACCCUGACAAGCUGGAGUAUUUCACACUACCCAACAGAAGGAAGAUUCCAGUGAGUCUGUCAUCCAUUGCUUUUGUUCCACUCUAUGGUGGUGAGACGAUGUAUAAGAUUCUGGCCUUGUUUGCUCCGGAAAGUCAAUUCACAGCUGUGGCUUUGUACCUCGCGGACAGGUGGUGGGCAAUAGAUGAUGUCAUAAAAACUGCAGAGUCAUCCCGCCAGGGCCUCCAGCAGGUGACUUCGCUUGGGGAGCGAAUUGUUCUCUACAUUUUGAAUCGCAUCAUUUACAGAGCCCAGGAAAUGAAUGCUGAUGAGCUCCCUUUUCUAUGCCAUGGCGCCGCUGAGUUUGCAAAAAUCCUCUGGAAGUCGGGGAAAGCAAUUGGAUUCUACUCCAUCAAACCCACAGGAAGCAAGUGUCAAGCCUUCCUGACUCGGUGCUACCGGCUGCCUGUCCUGGACACCAUCUUUGUGAGGAAGAAGCACCGUGGGAAGGGAUAUGGUCUGCAGAUGCUGGAAGAUUUUGUUGACUGUUUCACAGAGGAAGCAUUGGGUUUGAGAUAUCCACUCUCGCCAUCUAUGUAUGCAGUCUGCCAGAAGUAUCUGAACAAUUAUCCUGAUGAUCGCAACCUUCUUUGGGAAGUUGAAGGCGUCGGACACCCCUUCCAGCGAAAUCUAAUUGCUGACAGGCUUCUGGCACAGAUAUCACCUGUAGAAGGUACGGAUAUCUCCCAGGAGGAUGAACAGGGAAGUGUGGGAGGAGAGUCUUCAUCUCUGGUCCUGACGGAGACUGAAAGUGGAAGCCAGCUGCCUGGCCACGUGAAGAAGCAGCUGAACCUGACAGAAUUGCCUGCCGAGUCGAACGCUAACCAAGAAUUGCCGAGUGUCUCUACGAUCCUUUCAGAAGAGCUAACGAGACCGCCUGUGGCUAAACGGGGAAGACAUUUCCAAUCUAAGCAUUCCAAAGAAGAGAAGAGGAACAUUGAAUUGGAGCAAAGGUGUUUGACCAGCGAAGAGGAGGUGGUUGUGCCUAAAGAUGAGCUAAACAGUUCUGAACCCACGACAGACAGAACUGAGGAGGCUCUGGAAAUAACUGAAAACCAGGAAAAGUGCACCAUUAUGGAGGAACCUACAGAACUAAUAGCAGAUGAUGUUGUAGUAUGUGAAAUUGAAAUUUUGCAACCAGAUGGUGAUGAGGAUAAGGAAUCUUCAUCUGAGUCGGCUACUGAACCAGUGGACAAUGAAAUGGCAGACUCUGUUACUGAAGAAUCGUCAAAGACAGAGGAAGUAAUUCUUUCGAAGUCACAAAAUUUCGAGGAGAUUCCUUGUGAGUCACCAGCGAGUGAAGAGGGUAUUCCUCCAAAGUCGUUGGAUUCCGAGGAGGUAUUGCCUCCACAGGCGUCAGAGACUGAACAGGCCAGUCCUAAUUCUGAGGAAGUUAUUCCACAAGAACCCUCAGAAACUCCGGAAGAUAUUGCUCCUGAGCCGUCAAAGACUGAAGAUGUGGCCGCGCUGGAAUCUGUAAAGCCAGGAGUCAAAACUGCUCAAGAUACGACGAUAAUGGGUGAAGAAGAAAUCACUGAGGAUGCAACCAAAAUGGAGGAGGAGGAUUCAAUCAAAAUGGAGGAUUCGACCAAAUUGGAGGAGGAUUCAAUCAAAAUGGAGGAUGCAACCAAAAUGGAGGAGGCGGAUUCAAUCAAAAUGGAGGAUGUAACCAAAAUGGAGGAGGAGGAUUCAAUCAAAAUGGAAGAUUCAACCAAAAUGGAGGACAAAGCCGCAAUGAAUGAUCCUGCUAACGGUGCAUCAGGUGAUUCUACAGAGGAGCCCGAUAACCCGGAAUGUACAGAGGAAACAAAAGAAUGCGAUGAAGACGACAAGCUGGAAAAGGAUGGAGACGUCGCUGAGCAGAAUGACAGCAAAGAAGAUGAACCAGUGCAGGAUCCAGCAGCCGACUGCACCCCUUCCAACCACAAUGUAACUGAUCCAAAUAAAGAUGCACUAUCCGAACAUACAGAACAGCCUGAUGUCCAAGCUGACGAGAAGACACCCGAUAGCGGUCAUGAGUCUGUUAAUGAGGAAGUAUCUCAACAUAGUGGUGCGGAGAGCGAUGCCACGUCCAGCGCGACAAAGACUGACUCGGCACAGCAGGAUGGUGAACCAGCGGAGUCCAAUGCCCCGAUGGACCUCAGUCUUGGUCCCUUGCUGAUGAUUGAACUUCAGGAUGUUUCGCAGAAGCAGGCUACGGCUGUCCAUCCAGAAGCAGAUGAAGCCAAAGAAAUCGAUCUGAAAGAUCAGUCCUCGUCGGCUGUGGCUGAGAAGGGUGUCGACAGUAGUUCGGAGGAGAUGGAAACGGAAGUGCCGGUUAUGGAUAGGAGAAAUUUGAGGAGGAAAGUCAAGGGAAACAAAGGACCUCCCAAGAAACGAAGCAAGGUAGCGGCAUGAACACGUUACACCAUGUCCGCCGUACUCGUGCAUCCACCCGAACACGAUGAAAGGAAUUCAUUUAUCAUCAUUGUCAAUCUUUAAUACAUUUUCUUUAACUAAGGUGAGAAGUAGCUGCCGGGGAAAAAAAAGCCAUAACAUUUCUACUAAUGAUGAAACAACAUUUAUGUAGCACCUUUUAAAUGUUGUAAAACAGUGCAAGGUGCUUUGCAGAACCAUUAACAAAACUGAGCACAUAAGGAGAUUAACAUAGAUAAGGACAGUAGGUUUAAGGAGCAACUGAAAGGAGGUCAUUUGAAUGCUUCGGGUAAUAGGGUGCAAUGGCAAAAUCACUAAUGCUGAACUAAAUUUAAAAUUUGAGCAACUCAAAGGGGAAAAUUAGCUAAAAAAUACUGGCAGAGUUUUCCUUCCAGGUAAGGCAGAAAAGUGAACGCGAUUUAUCAUCCAGCUCAAAACUAGCCAUGUUGAUUUGGAACAAAAUCAAAUGGCAAGGUUUCAUUUUUGCUCAUACACCCGGGCUAAAUAAAAUGUAUGCAGUAACUUUUUAAAUUUGCUAACACGGAUUCCUGUCAAACUAAAUUUUGGACUUUUUAUAUUUUAAAAUGUGAUAUUCACAUGUAGUAAAUUAGUUACGAAUGACAUUUGCAAUUAAACCUCUACAGGUUUCUGCCUGGUGUUUAAAUAAAGAACAUGAAAUGUAGAUAAGUCAUAGUUGAGCUGCAGAUUACAUCCAAAGCAAAAACUCCAUUUAUUAAAAAAAAAUCAACACUAUUGGAUACAAUGCGUCAUUCAUUUCUCACAUCAAAUCCAAUUUAAAUCUCAAUUCAAAAUCCAAUUUUAUUUUGGCAAAUUUAAUUUGUUACUUGCAGUUUUCUUACUAGGCACCCUGCAUACAAGAAGCCCUUCCGUUCUGUGUAUCUCAAUGCUCAUUUUACAAUUUUAGGGUAAGGCGGUGUGGGUGGAGGGAGCAUUAUAGUUAUGGGGAAAAACAGUAUUAUGCUAGUGUUAGAAGAAUUAGGCUGCAGCUUUUUUGUUCCCUAUUAUAACUGUUCCUGCCUUCAAGAGCACUGAGCAGCACUACUCGCCAACACAAUCCUUUAUUUCAAUGUGAAAUUACCCCCAAAAUGCAAGCAACAUCGUGCUGUAAUAAUAGAUUAUUAAUAAUGAUCCUGUAAUAAUUUGAUCCAUAAAGAUAAUUUUGAAUCUAAGGCAGUUUACAUUGGGAAGGCACCAUUUCAGCACAAUAUACCCCAAAUUUAGAAUUCCAAAACAAAAUCAAAAUGAACUCUAGUUUAUUCCCUGAAAAGAACACUUACCCGUUUGUCACUAGAUGUGAACAGGCAAAUCAAUUUGAUCAAAAAACUAAUUCAAAAGGUUAUAUGCUUCUACAAGGGAUGUUCUGUGCACCUGUAUCUCUUGAUACUGUACGAUAAAUUAUAAUACACAAGAGAUUAGGUAAUGAAGAUCUAUACGGAAGAGUACUUGUAAUCAAACUUUUAUCCCGGUGUCCAGCGAACCUUUUAACCAAGCAAACUCCCAUUGUUUACCUAUGCAGCUUGAUUAUUUAAGCCAAUACUUUGCAAUAGUACUAGUUUGCUGCCUAGAUGUUGAAUUAAUAAAACUGAAUCUUGAUUUGAGCUUGUGUAAUUUAUGGCAAAAGCAGAAUAUUCAAAUUAAUAAAGUUUUGUAUGAAGUA